AUGGAACACUCAGGUUCACCACUGACCCCUGACCUCAAUGAUACGACAGCCAAUGAGAGCCUGUGGGGGGGGCUGGGGGCACCCCUCCCUUCAGCCCCAAGCAGACAGCUGGGCACCUUGCCCAACGCCCAGACACGCUUCAAGGACCUGUCGGGGAUAUUCUUCAUGGUGACCCUGAACGUGGUGGCGUUGCUGGCUAACACAGCCGUGCUGCUGGUGGUGGUCAAGGCCCCGCACCUCAGGUACUUUCAUACUUUUUGAUAUAUUUGACCAUUUAAAAACAUAAUUCAACCACAAUGGAUAAUCAUCAAGGAUAACACACAAGUGAAUACAAUGCAUAAUCAACAAGGAUAACAUAAAACAGUUUAACAACUUAUUUCCAUUGUGGUCAUCUUGUUUUGGCCGGCAGGCAGAUAAAAAAUACACCAGAUUAUAAAUACAUGAAAACAUAAAAUGAACUUGGGUCCCUUAUGAUUUUCUAAUGCACUGAUAAUGUAUGCACAAUUCCCUUGUUUCUAUUGCUUAUACUAUUAAAAGUUUUAUCUUAUGGAAUUUAAAUAUAUAUAUAUCUAUUGUACUUGUUUCACCAGACAUCAGUGCUUAAGUUCAAUUUGGUCUAAUGAACCCAUACAGAAAAAAAAUACAUUUCAACAUAUUUAACAUAACGUAAAAUGUAUUUCAAAUACAUAUAGAUACAUUUGUAUCUUUGCUAAAAUGCAUGUAAUACCUUAAAAUGUAUUCCAGAGAUGCGUGUACAAACAUUUGCAUUUUUGCUCAAAUGCAUGUAAUGCCUGACAAUAUUGCAGAAAUGCAUGGCUAUGACAUCUAGACUACAGGGUGGCCAAAGUAGUUCCUAAUUCGGCUUUUUAAAUUACUGUAGAUAAUAUUUUGGGCCACCAAGCCAAAACUUUGGCAGUGAUAUAAUUAAAAUUGUCAUUUUAACAUUAUGUUAUAAAGAGCACAAGUUCAACUUCAUAUAAAAAAACUAAUUUUACCAUCUCAACAGGUAAAAAAAUAUGACUAUAGUAGGUGCCCUUCUUCAGCCUAAUUAAAUAGGCUAAGGGAGAGGUCUAAAUUUACACAAUAGUUACCCUGAGGGGCCUCCCGAGUUGCGCAGCGGUCUAAGGCACUGCAUCGCAGUGCUUGAGGCGUCACUACGUUUGAUCCCAGGCGUUUGAUCCCAGGCUGUGACACAGCUGACCGGGAGACCCAUGAGGCGGCGCACUAUUGGACCAGCGUUGUCCGGAUUAGUGGAGGGUUUGGCCGGCCGGGAUGUCCUUAUCCCAUCGAGCUUUAGCGACUCCUUGUGGCGGGCUGGGCAAGCUGACUUCGCUCGCCAGUUGUACAGUGUUUCCUCCGACACAUUGGUGUGGUUGGCUUCCAGGUUAAGUGAGCAGUGUGUCAAGAAGCAGUGCGGCUUGGCAGGGUCUUGUUUCGGAAGACGCAUGGCUCUCGACCUUCGCCUCUCCCGAGUCCGUAUGGGAGUUGCAGCGAUGGGACAAGACUGUAACUACCAAUUGGGCAGAAAAAGGGGUAAAAGUAAAAGAAUAAUAUGUUAAACUGUGGAAAAUGGGGGAGGGUCAUGCCAUUUGUAAUCAAUUAAAUGUCAUAUUGCUCAGGGUUUGAGAAUUAGUUGCUUAUUAUAGUAUCUCAUGUGUGCCCAAAGAUGCCCCUCAUCCCUGAUUCUCUGCUGGGCACGCAAUAUCAAGUGCGCCUAGUGUGAUCUCAAUAAAAUGAUCCAUAGCCUAUACCAGUCUUUUUCAAACCCCAGCGCAGUUCUGUGGAGGAAUGCUUGCAGGUUUGCAGCAUAUUUGUCUUGAAUAUUAUUUGGGUUUUUUUUGUGGUCUGCGGCAUAUUUGACUCAAAUAAAUACUUGCCAUAGGCAGACUUGCCCAAUGCACUGAACUAUGCAUGCCACAGUAAACAAAUUGUGUUUCCAUGACUAAGUAUAGCUACACCAAAAACACACACACACAAGCUAACCCUGCUGCGCAGCCUGAAUGUUCUCUCUCUUGCUGGAUCCUUUUCAAAUGAGACCUGCCCGCCAAAACCGGUCUGUGUGAUAUGUCUGACUUGCCUGAGCAACAAUGCUAUGAAGCCAUCGAAAAUGCGCAGACAUUUAGAAACAAAGUAUCCACAUCUCGAGGAUAAACCAGAUUAUUAUUUGCUGCACAAUAAUUUCACAGACAAUGAGAGUUUACUGGAGGCUUCAUACGGUGCCUUGCAAAAGUAUUCAUCCCCCUUUGGCGUUUUUCCUAUUUUGUUGCAUUACAACCUGUAAUUUAAAUGGAUUUUUAUUUGGAUUUCAUGCAAUCGACAUACACAAAAUAGUCCAAAUUGGUAAAGUGAAAUGAAAAGAAUAACUUGUUUCAAAAAAUUCUAAACGAUAAAUAUUAAAAAAGUGGUGCAUGCAUAUGUAUUCACCCCCUUUGCUAUGAAGCCCCUAAAUAAGAUCUGGUGCUACCAAUUACCUUCAGAAGUCACAUAAUUAGUUAAAUAAAGUCCACCUGUGUGCAAUCUAAGUGUCACAUGAUCUGUCACAUGAUCUCAGUAUAUAUACAUCUGUUCUGAAAGGCCCCAGAGUCUGCAACACCACUAAGCAAGGGGCACCAUGAAGACCAAGGAGCUCUCCAAACAGGUCAGGGACAAAGUUGUGGAGAAGUACAGAUCAGGGUUGGGUUAUAGAAAAAUAUCAGAAACUUUGAACAUCGCACGGAGCUCCAUUAAAUCCAUUAUAAAAAAAUUGAAAGAAUAUGGCACCACAACAAACCUGCCAAGAGAGGGCCGCACACCAAAACUCACGGACCAGGCAAGGAGGGCAUUAAUCAGAGAGGCAACAAAGAGAUCAAAGAUAACCUUGAAGGAGCUGCAAAGCUACACAGCGGAGAUUGGAGUAUCUGUCCAUAGGACCACUUUAAGCCGUACACUACACAGAGCUGGGCUUUACGGAAGAGUGGCCAGAAAAAAGCCAUUGCUUAAAGAAACAAAUAAGCAAACACGUUUGGUGUUCGCCAAAAGGCAUGUAGGAGACUCCCCAAACAUAUGGAAGAAGGUACUCUGGUCAGAUGAGACUAAAAUUGAGGUUUUUGGCCAUCAAGGAAAACGCUAUGUCUGGCGUAAACCCAACACCUCUCAUCACCCGAGAACACCAUCCCCACAGUGAAGCAUGGUGGUGGCAGCAUCAUGCUGUGGGGAUGUUUUUCAUCGGCAGGGACUGGGAAACUGGUCAGAAUUGAAGGGAUGAUGGAUGGUGCUAAAUACAGGUAAAUUCUUGAGGGAAAACUGUUUCAGUCUUCCAGAGAUUUGAGACUGGGACGGAGGUUCAUCUUCCAACAGGACAAUGACCCUAAGCAUACUGCUAAAGCAACAGGGGAAACAUUUAAAUGUCUUGGAAUAGCCUAGUCAAAGCCCAGAUCUCAAUCCAAUUGAGAAUCUGUGGUAUGACUUAAAGAUUGCUGUACACCAGCGGAACCCAUCCAACUUGAAGGAGCUGGAGCAGUUUUGCCUUGAAGAAUGGGCAAAAAUCCCAGUGGCUAGAUGUGCCAAGCUCAUAGAGACAUACCCCAAGAGACUUGCAGCUGUUUUAGAGUUGAAGUGUACCUAUGAUAAAAAUUACAGACCUCUACAUGCUUUGUAAGUAGGAAAACCUGCAAAAUCGACACUGUAUCAAAUACUUGUUCUCCCCACUGUAUAUGAAGAAUUUCGUUGUUGCAAAGAGUUGCCUCAGAAUACAACUGCAGGUGAAACAUUACAUUUUCUGUUUGAGUACAUAAGGGACAUGGAUUACAAUGGGACCGUUGUAUCGGGAUCUGUAGGCCUACGGAUGAGACAGCUGCUCAACCUGUCCAUGCAGGGACACGCAAGUGACAUUACCCAAGCAAAUUAAAAAAUUGCCGAUUUCAAGAAAAAGCUGGGCGUCUGGAGAGACCGAGCAUAUAGAGGCCUUUUCGAUAUGUUCCCCCUAUUCUCAACUCUGGCUGACGUGGGUGAUGUAUAUAUGGAUGACGUGGAAAAUUAUGUGGUCACAUCUGAGCAAAACUCGGGAUUACUUCCCCUCACAAUCUGAUCCACACCCGGGAAGGCACUGUUGUGUGCGCGAGCGUUGCAAAAUAAAUGUAGACGCUUGAAGCGCUGCAAGUCCCGCCUCUCCCAUCUCCUCAUAUAUUUUAUAUAUAUAUUUUAGUCAUUUAGCAGACGCUCUUAUCCAGAGCGACUUACAGUUAGUUCUUUUUUCAUUUUUUUCAUACCCCCUGUGGGAAUUGAACCCACAACCCUGGCGUUGCAAACGCCAUGCUCUACCAACUGAGCUACAUCCCUGCCGGUCAUUCCCUCCCCUACCUUGGACGACGCUGGGCCAAUUGUGCGCCGCCCCAUGGGUCUCCCGGUCGCGACCGGCUAUGACAGAGCCUGGAUUCGAAACAGGAUCUCUAGUGGCACAGCUAGCACUGCUAUGCAGUGCCUUAGACCACUGCGCCAGUCGGGAGGACAUCAUCAGUUUUUAGGAGCAUAUACCCACAUGGGUGAUUGAAAGAUGAACUGAGGUCCACACUCCAGUCCAGUUUGUGGUGGUAAUGCACCUUAAAGAUGGUUGCCAACCGCCAUGUAAAUUCCACAGAAGAAAAAGAAGAAGAAGAAGAAUUCUCCCUGUCUCUGGCCCACACUCCAGUACAGUAGGUGGCGGUAAUGCACUAUAACGUUGGAUGCCAACUGCUGAUAAACCCCACUGAAGAAGAAGAAGAAGAAGAAGAAAGGGGAGGAGGAGGAGGAAAAAGACUGAAGGAGGAGAGAUUACUAGAAUCUAACUAGGUUUCUCCUUGUAUCUGUAGAUUAAUUGUCGGAGUAGAGAACACACGAUUUUGUGUGACUCAAAAUGGGUCAGAAUUCUACAAAGAUCCAGAAAAAAAGGAUUUCAGGUAAAAUAACAACCCAAUGUUUAUAUCCCAGGACAAAUUAGCUAGCAACAGCAAGCUAGCUAGCUAGCUAGCUAAAUGUCCAUGAAUGUUUCAUGUGUUUUGACCUGUCUUCAAAUUAAUAUAGUUGGUUCAGAGUUUGUUUUGAUAUUUCAAGCUGCGUGUCCUGAUUGUGUCUGGUUUUGGAUGGACAAAAUCAACAUGCGUGCGAUUGCACACGGACUCACGCGCGUGCCUGGUCUAGACAGCAUUUCACAGCUUGUCAACGGUUCUUGAUGAUAAACUAUUGGAGCUGUCCUGUGACCAAGGCCUGCACGUUUGUUUUAAUGAGAUGCGCCUGUCCACACUGGCUGUUCAGCAGCAGAGAAUACCCGCAACUCUACAAGAUGGCAGUGAAGACAUUAAUCCCCCUUCAUUCUACCUACUUAUGUGAGACCAGCAUCUCCUCUCUUGCUGCAACAAAAUCCAAACAUUGCAACAGACUAGCUGUUGAAAACACCUUGACACCUCUGGGGUGUCCCUGGCACAAAAAGAGAAGAGAAGCACAGGGCAAAGUUAUAUUUCUAAGAAAAUGUACUUCCUUCCUGAGAUUUUGCGCUGCUGGGAUGGUGUAUAUAAAACUAGGCUACAGUGCAUCACACACUGCAAUGAAUAGACGUUCCCAAUCAUGAGCCCCAGCCUGCCCUGCUCUUGCUGAUGUAAACUCUUUUGUGCUGCCUAACCAAUGACUGUGCUGUGUAUGGUGGCACUUCAGGAGGCAAGUCAAUUUGUCAAAAAAUUCAAUAUCUGUGCACACAGACUAGGCCUACUGAUGUCUUGUUCAGCCGUAAAGAUGAGAAGGAGGACAGGAGGUAAGCUUGCUAUUGCUAUAAUUUAUUUUAAUAAAAACAAUGUUUCGUUGCCCAUAAUGAAGCUAUUUAUCAGAGUUAUUAUUGACCUCACAAUAAACCAUAUUUGAGUAGUUUGCAUACAUUACUAUGAAGUGGCAGCUGCGGAGAUGGACAGCGCAUGGGUGCUGAAAGUAGGCUAAUUUGAUAAGACCUAAUUCAUUUACAUUUACAUUUAAGUCAUUUAGCAGACGCUCUUAUCCAGAGCGACUUACAGUUAGUGAGUGCAUACAUUUUUUUUUCACACUUAACAGUCUUCAUUUUAAUUUUAAUUUAGGCUACUAACAACAAGAGUGUUGGAGCCUAUUUCUUCCUAUUUAAUAAAUAAGAGGUAGGCCUACCUGUUUGACAGACGAAAUAAUAGUCUGCUAUCCAUAGAUUUGUUCAGCCAAUUCCUUCAGUCACCAUGCACUCCUUAAAUAUCUGUGUCAGUGAAGAGCUUGGUGUGUUAAGUUAAAACCAGGGCUUGAAUUGAGGGGGUAUGGGAGGGUAUUGUGGCUUUUGUUAAAGAAAAUGGUUAAAAGCAUAGGCCUACCCCUUGUUAAUUUAAGAUUUUGAAAACAUAUGUAAUGGACCUGAUUAUAUAAAGCGACCUAUAACGACACUUUAAUCCGCAAUGCUUUAUGCUAGAAACAAGCUGUAAAAUGCCGGGGAAAGACGUGACACUGAUGCAUAUGGGAUAUAUUUGGUUUGUCUCUAUGACAUUCAGAGGCUGCGCUACAACCUUCUAUAGCUGAGGACGAGGAGCCAAACAAUUUACUUUGCAUGGGAAGUAAUGAGUCUGUCACUAAUUGACGUUUUACAUUUCAACAGGCUAUUAAACAACAUACUAACUCUAAAUCAGCCAGGAGCAAGCCAGGUAGCCUAAGAAGGCACGAAAAUGAAUUAUUUAGGCUAUAUUAUUAUUAUUUCAAGGCUAUAGCCUGCCAUUUAAGAAAUCAAUUGUGAAGCAUUUGUGACACACUACAGCCUGGCAUGAGUGCUCACUAUUUCAACAACACAUCAACAACAGCACUUCAACAACAUGCCUAUAAAUUUAGCAUUUAGGCUGUAUAAAAUGAAGAAAAAAAAUGACUUAGAAGGCAAUAAUAAUGAAACGAAAAAUGCCUUAUUAUGCUAUGCAGUCAUUAUACAGUGCCUUUGAAUUCACUUUUAGAAACAGAGUUUGGCCAGUCUUUGGUUUGAGGAUCAUGUGGUGAGCUAUGCAUGCCUAGUUUGUUAAUUUAGCAGAUGCUCUUAUAUUCCAAUGCCCUAAUCACAAUCAACAUACAUCUAUUUUGUAACAACAAUAUCAUGGAAUAAAAUAGAAUAUAUUAUAAAAUGAUUGUUUCCCAAAUGAAAAAAAGUUACAUGUGCAUACCUGAUGAUAUGUGGCUGCUGUGUUAAACAAUUACUGUUUUUUUUCUCGAAAUCAUUGAUGAUCAGAUACUUCAGUUGUAACUGGUUCUAUUGUGCUAUUAUUUAUUUAUUUUUUACACUUGAUAGACAACUUUAGCACUGUUCCAACCUUAGACUAUCGUCGUAAUUUUUUUUGCCUGUAUAGAAAUCAAAACGUCUCCGGUGCUGCAGCAUGCGCUCAUUCAUUGUCAUGCUCUGUUGUGGUAUAAAAAAAAAUAUUCAGCUUAUCUCCAGUCAUGUAAAAUGACUUAGAAUUGCGUGAAAUGCGUUUAUAAAAGGUUAUCAGUUGAUAGAUUCAUGCACAUGAAAGACAUGGAGUCACUAUAUGACCGAUAAUGUAUCAUUUUUGUAGUCAUUUAAAUGCAUGUUAGUGCUUUUGAUAUGCUUUCGGUAUGUGUCAAGUACAAUAAAAAUGAUUUUUGAUAAUAUACACUGCUCAAAAAAGUAAAGGGAACACUAAAAUAACACAUCCUAGAUCUGAAUGAAUUAAAUAAUCUUAUUAAAUACUUUUUUCUUUACAUAGUUGAAUGUGCUGACAACAAAAUCACACAAAAAUGAUCAAUGGAAAUCAAAUGUAUCAACCCAUGGAGGUCUGGAUUUGGAGUCACCCUCAAAAUUAAAGUGGAAAACCACACUACAGGCUGAUCCAACUUUGAUGUAAUGUCCUUAAAACAAGUCAAAAUGAGGCUCAGUAGUGUGUGUGACCUCCACGUGCCUGUAUGACCUCCCUACAACGCCUGGGCAUGCUCCUGAUGAGGUGGCGGAUGGUCUCCUGAGUGAUCUCCUCCCAGACCUGGACUAAAGCAUCCGCCAACUCCUGGACAGUCUGUGGUGCAACGUGGCGUUGGUGGAUGGAGCGAGACAUGAUGUCCCAGAUGUGCUCAAUUGGAUUCAGGUCUGGGGAACGGACGGGCCAGUCCAUAGCAUCAAUGCCUUCCUCUUGCAGGAACUGCUGACACACUCCAGCCACAUGAGGUCUAGCAUUGUCUUGCAUUAGGAGGAACCCAGGGCCAACCGCACCAGCAUAUGGUCUCACAAGGGGUCUGAGGAUCUCAUCUCGGUACCUAAUGGCAGUCAGGCUACCUCUGGCGAGCACAUGGAGGGCUGUGCGGCCCCCCAAAGAAAUGCCACCCCACACCAUGACUGACCCACCGCCAAACCGGUCAUGCUGGAGGAUGUUGCAGGCAGCAGAACGUUCUCCACGGCGUCUCCAGACUCUGUCACGUCUGUCACGUGCUCAGUGUGAACCUGCUUUCAUCUGUGAAGAGCACAGGGCGCCAGUGGAGAAUUUGCCAAUCUUGGUGUUCUCUGGCAAAUGCCAAACGUCCUGCACGGUGUUGGGCUGUAAGCACAACCCCCACCUGUGGACGUCGGGCCCUCAUACCACCCUCAUGGAGUCUGUUUCUGACCGUUUGAGCAGACACAUGCACAUUUGUGGCCUGCUGGAGGUCAUUUUGCAGGGCUCUGGCAGUGCUCCUCCUGCUCCUCCUUGCACAAAGGCGGAGGUAGCAGUCCUGCUGCUGGGUUGUUGCCCUCCUACGGCCUCCUCCACGUCCCCUGAUGUACUGGCCUGUCUCCUGGUAGCGCCUCCAUGCUCUGGACACUACGCUGACAGACACAGCAAACCUUCUUGUCACAGCUCGCAUUGAUGUGCCAUCCUGGAUGAGCUGCACUACCUGAGCCACUUGUGUGGGUUGUAGACUCCGUCUCAUGCUACCACUAGAGUGAAAGCACCGCCAGCAUUCAAAAGUGACCAAAACAUCAGCCAGGAAGCACAGGAACUGAGAAGUGGUCUGUGGUCACCACCUGCAAAACCAGUCCUUUAUUGGGGGUGUCUUGCUAAUUGCCUAUAAUUUCCACCUGUUGUCUAUUCCAUUUGCACAACAGCAUGUGACAUUUAUUGUCAAUCAGUGUUGCUUCCUAAGUGGACAGUUUUAUUUCACAGAAGUGUGAUUGACUUGGAGUUACAUUGUGUUGUUUAAGUGUUCCCUUUAUUUUUUUGAGCAGUGUAUAUUGUAGCAUAUUAGAAGGCUUGGAGGCGUGGCUUGUUGGGGGCGGGCUUUUCUUUGUGCCUUUUGGCCUCCCAUGAGUUGGAUUGUCAUGCCAGUUAAUAUGUUAUGUUGUGUUCUGAGGUAAUAGUUGUCUUCUGAGAUAUCAAAGAGCCUACUAAGGUAUCAUUGUUAAGAAAGUCACCAUUUUGUUACUGUAUGAUAUGUCAAUUUCUUUAUAUUUGCCAUAUAUUGUAAUAUAAACAUAUAUCUCUUACAAAUACAUUUCUAUGCAUGUUGGAAUAUAUUUCCCAAAUAUAUCGAUAAAUACAUUAUUUAAUGUAUUUCAGGAUUUAUUAUUGAAAUACAUUUCCUGAUGCAUUUAACAUAUAUUGUGACAUAUAUUUUACAUACAUUUAUACCUACAUUUUAAAUACAUAUACUCAGUUUUACUCAGUUUUUCACAAUUCCUGACAUUUAAUCCUAGUAAAAAUUCCCUGUCUUCGGUCAGUUAGGAUCACCACUUUAUUUUAAGAAUGUGAAAUGUCAGAAUAAUAGUAGAGAGAAUGAUUUAUUUCAGCUUUUAUUUAUUUCAUCACAUUCCCAGUGGGUCAGAAGUUUACAUACACUCAAUUUGUAUUUGGUAGCAUUGUCUUUAAAUUGUUUAACUUGGGUCAAACAUUUUGGGUAGCCUUCCACAAGCUUCCCACAAUAAGUUGGGUGAAUUUUGGCCCAUUCCUCCUGACAGAGCUGGUGUAACUGAGUCAGGUUUGUAGGCCUCCUUGCUCGCACAUGCUUUUUCAUUUCUGCCCAAACAUUUUCUAUAGGAUUGAGGUCAGGGCUUUGUGAUGGCCACUCCAAUACCUUGACUCUGUUGUCCUUAAGCCAUUUUGCCACAACUUUGGAAGUAUGCUUGGGGUCAUUGUCCAUUUGGAAGACUAAUUUGCGACCAAGCUUUAACUUCCUGACUGAUGUCUUGAGAUGUUGCUUCAAUAUAUCCACAUAAUUUUCCUUCCUCAUGAUGCCAUCUAUUUUAUGAAGUGCACCAGUCCCUCUUGCAGCAAAUACCCCCACAGCAUGAUGCUGCCACCCCCGUGCUUCACGGUUGGGAUGGUGUUCUUCGGCUUACAAGCGUCCCCCCUUUUCCUCCAAACAUGACGUUGAUCAUUAUGGCCAAACAGUUCUAUUUUUGUUUCAUCAGACCAGAGGGCAUUUCUCCAAAAAGUACGAUCUUUGUCCCCAUGUGCAGUUGCAAACCGUAGUCUGGCUUUUUUAUGGCGGUUUUGGAGCAGUGGCUUCUUCCUUUCUGAGCGGCCUUUCAGGUUAUGUAGAUAUCGGACUUGUUUUAUUGAGGAUAUAUACAGUGGGGAGAACAAGUAUUUGAUACACUGCUGAUUUUGCAGGUUUUCCUACUUACAAAGCAUGUAGAGGUCUGUAAUUUUUAUCAUAGGUACACUUCAACUGUGAGAGACGGAAUCUAAAACAAAAAUCCAGAAAAUCACAUUGUAUGAUUUUUAAGUAAUUAAUUUGCAUUUUAUUGCAUGACAUAAGUAUUUGAUCACCUACCAACCAGUAAGAAUUCCGGCUCUCACAGACCUGUUAGUUUUUCUUUAAGAAGCCCUCCUGUUCUCCACUCAUUACCUGUAUUAACUGCACCUGUUUGAACUCGUUACCUGUAUAAAAGACACCUGUCCACACACUCAAUCAAACAGACUCCAACCUCUCCACAAUGGCCAAGACCAGAGAUCUGUGUAAGGACAUCAGGGAUAAAAUUGUAGACCUGCACAAGGCUGGGAUGGGCUACAGGACAAUAGGCAAGCAGCUUGGUGAGAAGGCAACAACUGUUGGCGCAAUUAUUAGAAAAUGGAAGAAGUUCAAGAUGACGGUCAAUCACCCUCGGUCUGGGGUUCCAUGCAAGAUCUCACCUCGUGGGGCAUCAAUGAUCAUGAGGAAGGCGAGGGAUCAGCCCAGAACUACACGGCAGGACCUGGUCAAUGACCUGAAGAGUAAUGGGACCACAGUCUCAAAGAAAACCAUUAGUAACACACUACGCCGUCAUGGAUUAAAAUCCUGCAGCGCACGCAAGGUCCCCCUGCUCAAGCCAGCGCAUGUCCAGGCCCGUUUGAAGUUUGCCAAUGACCAUCUGGAUGAUCCAGAGGAGGAAUGGGAGAAGGUCAUGUGGUCUGAUGAGACAAAAAUAUAGCUUUUUGGUCUAAACUCCACUCGCCGUGUUUGGAGGAAGAAGAAGGAUGAGUACAACCCCAAGAACACCAUCCCAACCGUGAAGCAUGGAGGUGGAAACAUCAUUCUUUGGGGAUGCUUUUCUGCAAAGGGAACAGGACGACUGCACCGUAUUGAGGGGAGGAUGGAUGGGGCCAUGUAUCGCGAGAUCUUGGCCAACAACCUCCUUCCCUCAGUAAGAGCAUUGAAGAUGGGUCGUGGCUGGGUCUUCCAGCAUGAUAACGACCCGAAACACACAGCCAGGGCAACUAAGGAGUGGCUCCGUAAGAAGCAUCUCAAGGUCCUGGAGUGGCCUAGCCAGUCUCCAGACCUGAACCCAAUAGAAAAUCUUUAGAGGGAGCUGAAAGUCCGUAUUGCCCAGCGACAGCCCCGAAACCUGAAAGAUCUGGAGAAGGUCUGUAUGGAGGAGUGGGCCAAAAUCCCUGCUGCAGUGUGUGCAAACCUGGUCAAGACCUACAGGAAACGUAUGAUCUCUUAAAUUGCAAACAAAGGUUUCUGUACCAACUAUUAAGUUCUGCUUUUCUGAUGUAUCAAAUACUUAUGUCAUGCAAUAAAAUGCAAAUUAAUUACUUAAAAAUCAUACAAUGUGAUUUUCUGGAUUUUUGUCUCUCUCACAGUUGAAGUGUACCUAUGAUAAAAAUGACAGACCUCUACAUGCUUUGUAAGUAGGAAAACCUGCAAAAUCGGCAGUGUAUCAAAUACUUGUUCUCCCCACUGUAUAUACUUUUGUACCUGUUUCCUCCAGCAUCUUCACAAGGUCCUUUGCUGUUGUUCUGGGAUUAAUUUGCACUUUUUGCACCAAAGUACGUUCAUCUCUAGGAGACAAAACGUGUCUCCUUCCUGAGCGGUAUGAAGGCUGCGUGGUCCCAUGGUGUUUAUACUUGCGUACUAUUGUUUGUACAGAUGAACAUGGUACCUUCAGGCAAUUUGGAAAUUGCUCCCAAGGAUGAACCAGACUUGUGGAGGUCUACAAUUGUUUUUCUGAGGUCUUGGCUGAUUUCUUUUGAUUUUCACAUGAUGUCAAGCAAAGAGGCACUGAGUUUGAAGGUAGGCCUUGAAAUAUAUCCACAGGUACACCUCCAAUUGACUCAAAUGAUGUCAAUUAGCUUAUCAGAAGCUUCUAAAGCCAUGAAAUCAUUUUCUGGAAUUUUCCAAGCUGUUUAAAGGCACAGUCAACUUAGUGUAUGUAAACUUCUGACCCACUGGAAUUGUGAUACAGUGAUUUAUAAGUGAAAUAAUCUGUCUGUAAACAAUUGUUUGAAAAAUAUUGCACAAAUUAGAUGUCCUAACUGACUUGCCAAAUCUAUAUUUUGUUAACAAGACAUUUGUGGAUUGGUUGAAAAACGAGUUUUAAUGACUCCAACCUACCUACCUAUCCGACUUCAACUGUAUGUUGGAAUGUAUUUAAAAUGUAUGGAGAAUUAUUUUUAAAUACAUUAUUUGGCAAAUGUUUUAUAAUUCACCUGUAUCCUAAAAAAUGUAUCUAAAAAUGGUGCCCUAAGACCAUAAAGUAAAAAAAACAUAUAUAUAUAUAUAUAUAUAUAUUUAUAUACAGUACCAGUCAAAAGUUUGGGCACACCUACUCAUUCAAGGAUUUUUCUUUAUUUUUACUAUUAUCUACAUUGUAGAAUAAUAGUGAAGACAUCAAAACUAUGAAAUAACACAUGGAAUCAUGUAGUAACCAAAAAAAGUGUUAAACAAAUCAAAAUAUAUUUUAUAUUUGAGAUUCUUCAAAUAGCCACCCUUUGCCUUGAUGACAGCUUUGCACAAUCUUGGCAUUCUCUCAACCAGCUUCAUGAGGUAGUCACCAGCAAUGCAUUUCAAUUAACAGGUGUGCCUUCUUAAAAGUUAAUUUGUAGAAUUUCUUUCCUUCUUAAUGCAUUUGAGCCAAUCAGUUGUGUUGUGACAAGGUAGGGGGGGGGGGGGUAUACAGAAGAUAGCCCUAUUUGGUAAAAGACCAAGUCCAUAUUAUGGAAAGAACAGCUCAAAUAUGUAACGUGAAACGACAGUCCAUCAUUACUUUAAGACAUGAAGGUCAGUCAAUACGGAACAUUUCAAGAGCUUUUAAAGUUUCUUCAAGUGCAGUCGCAAAAACCAUCAAGCGCUAUGAUGAAACUGGCUCUCAUGAGGACCGCUACAGGAAUGGAAGACCCAGAGUUACCUCUGCUGCAGAGGAUAAGUUCAUUGGAGUUACCAGCAUCAGAAAUUGCAGCCCAAAUAAAUGCUUCACAGAGUUCAAGUCACAGACACAUCUCAACAUCAACUGUUCAGAGGGGACUGUGUGAAUCAGGCCUUCAUGGUCGAAUUGCUGCAAAGAAACCACUACUAAAGGACACCAAUAAUAAGAAGAGACCUGCUUGGGCCAAGAAACACGAGCAAUGGACAUUAGACCGGUGGAAAUGUGUCCUUUGAAAUGUUUGGUUCCAACCGCCGUGUCUUUGUGAGAUGCGGUGUGGGUGAACGGAUGAUCUCUGCAUGUGUAUUUCCCACCGUAAAGCAUGGAGGAGGAGGUGUUAUGGUGUGGAGGUGCUUUGCUGGUGACACUGUCUGUGAUUUAUUUAGAAUUCAAGGCACACUUAAACAGCAUGUCUGCCACAGCAUCUUGCAGUGAUACGCCAUCCCAUCUGGUUUGGGCUAUCAUUUGUUUUUCAACCCAACACACCUCCAGGCUGUGUAAGGGCUAUUUUACCAAGUAGGAGAGUGAUGGAGUGCUGCAUCAGAUGACCUGGCCUCAACAAUCCCCCGACCUCCACCCAAUUUGAAAUGGUUUGGGAUGAGUCAGACCGCAGAGUGAAGGAAAAGCAGCCAACAAGUGCUCAGCAUAUGUGGGAACUCCUUCAAUACUGUUGGAAAAGAUUUCCAGGUGAAGCUGGUUGAGAGAAUGCCAAGAGUGUGCAAAGCUGUCAUCAAGGCAAAGGGUGGCUAUUUCAAGAAUCUCAAAUAUAAAAUAUAUUUUGAUUUGUUUAACAGUUUUUUGCUUACUACAUGAUUCCAUAUGUGUUAUUUCAUAGUUUUGAUUUCUUCACUAUUAUUCUACAAUGUAGAAAAUAGUAAAAAAUAAAGAAAAACCCUUGAAUGAGUAGGCGUGUCCAAACUUUGGACUGGUACUGUAUAUACACAAGAUACAUCAACAAGUACAUUACAUUUGAACAUCAUGAACAUCACAGCCAUCAUAAACAAGUUGCUAAAUCAAUCAAAACAAUUGUACACAUCAGUGAACAAAUUUAACAUCAGGGUUUUAAAAUGCCCUUGUGGCACCAGGGAAUCCAAAUGUAAUGAAUUUUGUAUGUGAUCCCAAUGUGGAGCAUGAAAACUAAAAACGGAUUUACCUAAUUCCGUGGAGACCCGAGGAAUCUGAAGAGUUAACCAGCCCUGUGAACAGGUUUGGUAUCUCAUUCUUUUAUACGUUAGCAAUGAAGUUAGGUAAGUUGGAAACUUGUUUACAAGGGCUUUGUAAACAAAAAGGGAGUAAUGAAUUGAUCUACGGUACUUUAAUGAGGACCAGCCAACCUUUUGAUACAGGAUGCAGUGGUGAGUAUUAAAACUGUCACCAGUGAUAAAAUGAAUGGCAGCUCUAAAAUAGCCUGUUCAACAGUUGUGGCAAUGGCAUACAUAACAGUGUCAUCUGCAUACAGAUGAAUAUGACAAGUUUUAACAGAUAGACCAACAUUGUUUAUAUACAGUUGAAGUCGGAAGUUUACAUACACUUAUGUUGGAGUCAUUAAAACUAGUUUUUCAACCACUCCACAACUUUCUUGUUAACAAACUAUAGUUUUGGCAAGUCGGUUAGGACAUCUACUUUGUGCAUGACACAAGUCAUUUUUCCAACAAUUGUUUACAGACAGAUUAUUUCACUUAUAUUUCAAGGCCUACCUUCAAACUCAGUGCCUCUUUGCUUGACGUCAUGGGAAAAUCAAAAGAAAUCAGCCAAGACCUCAGAAAAAAUAUUGUAGACCUCCACAAGUCUGGUUCAUCCUUGGUAACAACUUCCAAACACCUGAACGUUCAUCUGUACAAACAAUAGUACACAAGUAUAAACACCAUGGGACCACGCAGCCUUCAUACCGCUCAGGAAGGAGACGCGUUCUGUCUCCUAGAGAUGAACGUACUUUGGUGCGAAAAGUGCAAAUCAAUCCCAGAACAACAGCAAAGGACCUUGUGAAGAUGCUGGAGGGAACAGGUACAAAAUUAUCUAUAUCCACAGUAAAACUAGUCCUAUAUCGACAUUACCUGAAAGGCUGCUAAGCAAGGAAGAAGCCGCUGCUCCAAAACCGCCAUAAAAAAGCCAGACUAUGGUUUGCAACUGCACAUGGGGACAAAAAUCGUACUUUUUUGAGAAAUGUCCUCUGGUCUGAUGAAACGAAAAUAGAACUGUUUGGCCAUAAUGACCAUCGUUAUGUUUGGAGGAAAAAGGGGGUACUUGCAAGACGAAGAACACCAUCCCAACCGUGAAGCACGGGGGUGGCAGUAUCAUGCUGUGGGGGUGCUUUGCUGCAGGAGGGACUGGUGCACUUCACAAAAUAGGAAGGAAGGAAAAUUCCAUCAUGAGGAAGGAAAAUUAUGUGGAUUUAUUGAAGCAACAUCUCAAGACAUCAGUCAGGAAGUUAAAGCUUGGUCGCAAAUGGGUCUUCUAAAUGGACAAUGACCCCAAGCAUACUUCCAAAGUUGUGGCAAAAAUGGCUUAAGGACAACAAAGUCAAGGUAUUGGAGUGGCCAUCACAAGGCCCUGACCUCAAUCCUAUAGAAAAUCUGUGGGCAGAACUGAAAAAGCGUGUGCGAGCAAGGAGGCCUACAAACCUGACUCAGUUACACCAGCUCUGUCAGGAGGAAUGGGCCAAAAUUCACCCAACUUAUUGUGGGAAGCUUGUGGAAGGCUACCUGAUCCGUUUGACCCAAGUUAAACAAUUUAAAGGCAAUGCUACCAAAUACUAAUUGAGUGUAUGUAAACUUCUGACCCACUGGGAAUGUGAUGAAAUAAAUAAAAGCUGAAAUAAAUCACUCUCUACUAUUAUUCUGACAUUUCACAUUCUUAAAAUAAAGUGGUGAUCCUAGCUGACCUAAGACAGGGAAUUUUUACUAGGAUUAAAUGUCAGGAAUUGUGAAAAACUGAGUUUAAAUGUAUUUGGCUAAGGUGUAUGUAAACUUCCGACUUCAACUGUAACUAGUAAAGAGAACAAGUUCCAGUACCGACCCCUGCCGUACACCUUUUGUAAUAUCCAUAAAACUAGCUGAGUUAGAUUUAGCUCAGUACAAAUAUCUUUCAGCCCAUCAGAUACUGGCAUCAACCAAUCUAGAUUAAGAGCAAUCAUUAUCAGUCAUUCAGAUUGAGCAUAGUUAGACAGCAGGUCAGACAAUUUGCUAAGAGCUCAUAUGGAGGCAGAGGGAGGGCGAUAAAUUCCCACUAGCGUCAGAGUUCCACAUUUAGGACUAGACAUUCAAAUUGCAUAUGGACAGAGGUGGUGAUGGAUACAUAAACAUUUAAAUUGCUCUUUAUGUAUAUGGUGACACCACCUCCUCUGCCGACUCUAUCAGAUCUAAAAACAUUAUAAACUGUCAGAUACACAUCAGAGUCUGGCAUAGACUUCUUUAGCCAAGAUUCAGUUAUAACCAGAAUGCUUGAGAAGGCAAGAUUCAGUUAUAACCAGAAUGUUUGAGAAGCCAAGAUUCAGUUAUAACCAGAAGGUUUGAGAAGCCAAGAUUCAGUUAUAACCAGAAGGUUUGAGAAGCCAGAGUUGCAAUAAAAUCCAUUUUCAAAAUCAAACUUCUGGCAUUUACAUGAAUCAGUCCAAGGCCGCAGCUGCGGGAUUUCAGAAUUUCUUUCCAUUUAUUUUUUAUUUUUAGUCAUUUAGCAGACGCUCUUAUCCAGAGCGACUUACAGUUAGUGAGUGCAUACAUUUUUCAUACUGAUCAGAUGGAGUUUCUAAUACAAACAUGCAAUGUUCAACAGGUAACCCCCUACUAGAAAAUACCAUGGGGUUGGCUUGAAUUGGAAUAUAUACAAAAUUGUCUAGAACUGUACCAUUGGGCCAAUGCCUCGAUCGAGGACAUGGGUUAAAACAAUAAUCAAUUAUGGUUACUUGUUGCGGGCCUGCAGUAUGAUGAUAAUGCUGAUAAUUUAUGGUUGGGAUUAUCUGAACGGGACUUGGGGUGUAUAUUGUUUCCUCUCUGGGGAUUAAUAAAGUUAAAAUCAUUCAAUUCAGGAAGUUUGCCUUUGUGUGCCACCUGUGUGCGGUGGACCUGCUGUGUGCCGUGCUGCUCAUGCCCCUGGGCAUUGUGUCCUGCUCGCCGUACUUCGCCAGCGUGGUGUUCACAGUGCUGGAGUGCCAGGUGUACGUCUUCCUCAACGUGUUCCUCAUCGCAGGUAAAGUACAAGGGACAGAUACAAUUUAGGGCUGCAAACGAAAUGGCAUGCUAUUGGUCAAAAGUAGUGCUAGGGUGCCAUUUCGGACACAUGGCCUUUAAUCAAUCAAUGGUUUUAUUGUUUGAUUUAGACGUCCUUUGUGUUUUUUAUGUUCUAAUAUUCAUCUCUUUUUAUCACUUUAAUUUGAUUGUUGUACUGUGUGUAGCGAUUUAUAAAGUUUUAUUUGAUAUGAAUUACAGCCUCCAUCUUCACCAUCACGGCCAUCAGCGUGGAGCGCUACUACUACAUUGUCCACCCCAUGCGCUACGAGGUAAAGAUGACCCUGAAGCUGGCCACAGCUGUCAUGGUCCUGGUCUGGGUGGCCUCAGCCCUCCUGGGGCUGGCCACUGUUUUUGGCUGGCCCAGCUAUGGCAGCUUGAGCUCCAUCAGCGCCGCCCACUGCUCUCUCCACUGGAGCCACAGCGGCCACCGCCGGGCCUUCUCUGUCCUCUUCACAGUGGCAUGUUUCUGCCUUCCCGCUGCGGUCAUCUUCGCUGUGUACUGUAACGUAUAUAAAGUGGCACGUGUGGCGGCUAGACAGCACGGACCGUUACCAUCUUGGACGGCCAGCCAUCUUAAACACCGGUCGGAUUCCAUCAGCAGCCAGACCACUAUCAUCACCACCCGCAACGCCCCCAGGAGGCUGCACCACCAAAGGCCUUUUGGCGGGGGCAAGGCCGCCCUCACCCUGGUGGUCAUUGUGGGCCAGUUCCUGCUCUGCUGGCUGCCUUACUUUGCCUUCCACCUGCACCUGACUAUCAACAACCCGGCCAAAAUCCCACCUGACCUAGAGGAGGCCGUCACCUGGCUAGCGUACUCCUCCUUUACCGUCAACCCAUUCUUUUACGGGCUGCUGAACCGCCAGAUCAGGGAGGAGCUGUGUAAACUGCGGCGCUGCUACUCCGCCCAGCCCGUCGAGCUGGCCCUGUCCAGUGGCCUCGAGGGCUCGGCCCACGAGAACUUCCUGCAGUUCCUCCAGAGGACCAGCUGUACGGUGGAGACCAGAGCCAGCUUUGCCUGCACAUCCAGCCCCAGGAACACCCUGGACCAGACAGCGCAGCAGACAGCUGACUUCAGGAUACCUGGACAGAUACCUGAGGAGUUCAAUUAA